UUUGAUUCUCUCCUCUCUUCUUUUCCUUAUUUUCCCUUUCUCUCUUUUCUAUAUAUCCCGACACUCGACCACCUAAACUAACUGACAUCCACAUUACUUACGAGAGUGUAAAUAUGUAUUGCGCAUGUGGUAGUAUAGGCGAAAAGGGGAUGUAGAAUGAAGCAAGUAUUAUGAUUAAUGCGUUUGUUUUGUUUUUUUUAUGAUUAAUGCGUGUUCUUGUAGGCAAGAAAUACACUUCACGCAUGCAUUUUGCUAGAAGUGCACUUCACAUGUUUAUAUAACGUACAAGAAUUUGGAUCCUUUAGUUACACUUCGUUAUUUACUGUUAGCUCUGCUCUCCCACAACAUUAGGAGUCUUAAUAGUAAUUUUUAGCUACUCAAUUCUAUUAAUAGCAUGUUGAAAAUGUAAUUUCCUAUAUAAUUAAACGUUAGAAAUUACUAGUAUGAGAAAAUAAUUAUAAAAAAUAAUAAAAAGUUACUCGUAGCUUACAAUUAAUACUUCAUUGGUCUAUCUAUAUAUAUAUGAUAUUAACAGAAAUAUAUUCCCUACAUAACAUAUAAAAAAUGGGAAAGUUGUUAAAAAAUAGUUAUUUAUUGUUUAUGUUUUGGACAUUGGCAUGUUGUAAGGGAAGUUUUUCUGAGAAGAAUGAAACAGAGAUGUAUAAAUCAGCUAUAGGUGAUCCAGGAAUGCAAAGAGAUGGGUUGAGAGUGGCCAUUGAAUCAUGGAACCAAUGCAAUGAAGUCGGCCAAGAAACUCCCAACUUUGGGAGUCCAAGAGCUGCUGAUUGUUUUGAUCUUCUUGAAGAUCCAAGGAAGAAGGAUUGUAAUUACACAAUACAACACAAAGUGACAGAGCAAGACAACAUACUAGGAGUAGGGAGCCCAAUUCCGGGAGGAAGCUCAGAAUCCUUGAACAAUGUAGACCUAUAUGCAGCAGAAAAAGAAGUUUAUUUAGGGUCAAAAUGUCAAGUAGAAGACAAGCCAAACCCAUGGCAAUUCUGGAUGAUCAUGUUAAAAAAUGGAAAUAUGGACACCUAUGCUGCCUUAUGCCCUAAGGAUGGCGAGAAAGUUGGCCCUUAUGGACCUGAUACUCGCUUUGAUUGUUUUGGAAAAGGAUGUAUGAGCCACCCUACCAUGCACCAUAACUACACUACAUUAGUAAGGGGAACUACUCUAAGGGGGCGAUUUUACGGGACAUGGGAUGUUGAUGUUGAUGUUGAUGUUGAUAUUGAUAUUGAUAUUGAUUCGAGCAAAGUAGGAGUAAUUGAUGAAGCAAACAAUAUAUCUUUCUAUUCUGUCACUUGGGAAAAGGAAAUUGGGAAAGGGAGUUGGGUUUUUCGACACGUUCUUAAGACCUCUAAGAGGUAUCCUUGGUUGAUGCUUUACUUGAGAUCAGAUACUACCCAAGGGUUUUCAGGUGGUUACCAUUAUGAUACUAGAGGAAUGAUAAAAACAAAAAAUCUAGAAUCACCCAACUUCAAAGUAAGAUUCAAGUUGAAUGUAACUAAAGGAGGGGGUCCAAAGACUCAGUUCUACUUAAUGGAUAUGGGAAGCUGUUGGAAGAACAACGGGCAGCCGUGUGAUGGAGAUGUUACUUCAGAUGUUACACGAUACAGUGAGAUGAUCAUCAACCCUGACACUGAAUCCUGGUGCAGACCUGAUAGGUUGCAGCUUUGCCCACCUUAUCAUACCUUCCCAAAUGGAACUCGUGUUUAUCGAAACGACACAAAAAACUACCCAUAUGAUGCGUAUCACAUGUACUGUUCCCCAGGAAAUGGCAAGUAUUUAGAAGAACCUAACAGCAGAUGUGAUCCUUUUAGCAACCCACAACCUCAAGAAAUAUUGCAGAUUUUACCUCACCCGGUAUGGGGUGAAUAUGGUUACCCUACAAAGAAAGGGGAAGGUUGGAUUGGCAAUCCCAAGACUUGGUUGCUUCAUGUGGGGAGACUCUCGCAAACUUUAUAUUUUUACCAGGAUCCAGGAACUAAACCUAUCAAAAGGCGAUGGACAUCCAUAGAUUUAGGAGUUGAAGUAUAUAGAGACCCUGAUCAAGUUAUAGAAUGGACUGUCACCGACUUUGACAUCCUUGUACCAGGAGACACUUCUUCGAUUCAAAGUAACAAUAAGUCGGUAUUUUAGCAGGAACGAACUACUGUAUAAUCUAAUACAGGGGUCACUUUGAUCUUUAGGCUGCUUUUAAUGGCGUUCAGAAAACAUCCUCAACAAAAGUAACUGUUAUGCACUUGUACUUUCUCGCCAAGAUAUUGGGGAAUGUAUUAUUCCAACUGUAUGACCAAAAUCCACAUAACAGAAAUUUUUAUUACAACGAAAUUUCUGGGAUGAGGAAUUGAAAUCCCUGUAUAAACCGAAAGACAUAUUCUUCCCUCUGGAAACUGUUUACCAGAAA